GGCUCUCAGCGGGCGCCGCCCCUUACGGAUAGACUCAGACGGGUUCGGGAGACUUGGCCCUCUGGCGCCUGCUUCUCGUUCCGCUUCUCCUCCCGCCCCUCAAGCUCAAAACCCAGAAUCGAAACUGUGCUGUGAUCCAUGCAGCGGGAGCCUGCACUCGCCCAAUCUCCGGGUCCCCAGCAAGACCCCGCACUGCCCCCCACACCCACCAUGCCUCCCCCGGAGUCCGUCUCCGAAGACCACCAGCCCAGCCCCAGCCACAGCCCCACGGAGAAAGCCGUGGAGGAGGAGUUCGAGUUCCUGCGCUGCCAGGGCUGCCAGGUAGAAGCCAAGUGCCCCAAACUGCUGCCUUGUCUGCACACGCUGUGCUCGGGAUGCCUGGGGGCGCUGGGCACGCAGUGCCCCAUCUGCCAGGCGCCCGGGCCCGCAGGCUCUGACUCGCUGGCCCUGGAUAACGUCUUCUUCGAGAGUCUGCAGCGGCGCCUGUCGGUGUACCGGCAGAUCGUGGACGCGCAGGCACUGUGCACCCGUUGCAAAGAAACUGCCGACUUCUGGUGUUUCGAGUGUGAGCAGCUCCUCUGUGCCAAGUGCUUCGAGGCGCACCAGUGGUUCCUCAAGCACGAGGCCCGGCCCCUGGCAGAGCUCCGCAGCCAGUCGGUGCGUGAGUUCCUAGAUGGCACGCGGAAGUCCAACAACAUCUUCUGCUCCAACCCCAACCACCGCACCCCUAUGCUGACUAGCAUCUACUGCCGAGGCUGCUCCAAGCCGCUGUGCUGCUCGUGCGCGCUCCUGGAUAGCGGCCACAGCGAGCUCAAGUGCGACAUCAGCGCGGAGAUCCAGCAGCGGCAGGACGAGCUGGACGCCAUCGCACAGGCGCUGCAGGAGCAGGACCGCGCCUUUGGCGCGGCGCACGCGCAGAUGCACGCGGCUGUCAGCCAGUUGGGCCGCAUGCGCGCAGACACCGAGGAGCUGAUCCACGCGCGCGUGCGCCAGGUGGUAGCGCACGUGCUGGCCCAGGAGCAAGAGCUGCUGGAGGGAGUGAGCGCGCGGUACCAGCGAAGCUAUGAUGAGAUCGCGGGCCAGCUGGGCCACCUGGAAGCGGUGCUGCAGCGCAUCCGCGUGGGAGGCACGCUGGUGCAGAGGAUGAAGCGCUACGCCUCUGACCAGGAGGUGCUGGACAUGCACGGCUUCCUGCGAGAGGCGCUCAGCCGCCUGCGCCAGGAGGAGCCCCAGAACCUGCAAGCCGCCGUGCGCACCGAUGGCUUCGACGAAUUCAAAGUGCGCUUGCAGGGACUCGUCUCCUGCAUCACCCAGGCGACGGAUGCAGCUCUACACAGGAGGGCCAGCCCAGAGGCUUCCAGCACUCCCAGGGACUCUUCUGACAUUGACCUGCCAGAGGAGAUGCAGAGGGCCCGGGCACAGGCCCCAGGGCCAGCUGAGACCCCAGUCAUGGCUUUGGUACAGUCGGUGCCCGGGGUACACCCGGUGCCGAUACAUGCCUACUCCAUCAAAGAUGCCUCCUGCAGAGAGGAGGUCUGCAGCCCAGUCACUCCCCAGAAGAGGAAGUCCUGCCAGACCGAGUGCCCCAGGAAGGCUAUCAAGAUGGAGUCUGAGGAGGAGAAGGAGACACGGCUGGCCCGGAGCUCCCCCGAGCAACCCAGGCCCAGCACCUCCAAGGCAGUCUCGCCACCCCACCUGGAUGGGCCCUGCAGCCCUGAAAGCCCCAUCAUCGGAAACGAGGUCUUCCUGUCCAACAGCAACCACGCGACCGACGAGCCUGGGGAGGCAGAGGAACGCGUCGUGGUGAUCAGCAGCUCGGAAGACUCAGAUGCCGAAAACUCGUCCUCCCGGGAGCUGGACGACAGCAGCAGCGAGUCCAGUGACCUCCAACUGGAGGGUCCCAGCUCUUUGAGGGUCCUGGAUGAGAGCCUCGCCGACCCCCAAGCAGAAGACAGGCCCCUGGUUUUCUUUGACCUCAAGAUUGACAGUGAAACCCAGAAGAUUAGCCAGCUGGCAGCCGUGAACCGGGAGAGUGAGUUCCGCGUGCUCAUCCAGCCCGAGGCCUUCUUCAGCAUCUACUCCAAGGCCGUCUCCCUGGAGGUAGGGCUGCAGCACUUCCUUGGCUUCCUGGGCUCCAUGCGCCGCCCCAUCUUGGCCUGCUACAAGCUGUGGGGGCCCGGUCUCCCCAACUUCUUCCGGGCCCUGGAGGACAUGAACAGGCUGUGGGAGUUUCAGGAGGUCAUCUCGGGCUUCCUGGCCGCUCUGCCCCUCAUCCGGGAGCGCGUGCCCAGGGCCAGCAGCUUCAAACUCAAGAGUCUGGCCAAGACCUACCUGGCGAGAAACAUGAGCGAACGCAGCGCCCUGGCCGCCGUGCUGGCCAUGCGAGACCUGUGCCGCCUCCUCGAGGUCUCCCCGGGCCCCCAGCUGGCCCAGCACGUCUACUCCUUCAGCAGCCUGCAGUGCUUUGCGUCCCUGCAGCCCCUGGUGCAGGCGGCCGCCCUGCUCCGGGCCGAGGCCCGCCUCUUGGCCCUCCACAACGUGAGCUUCACCGAGCUGCUGACCGCACACCGCCGUGACCCAGAGCGGGGCUUGAAGAAGUACAGCCGCUACCUGAGCCUGCAGACCGCCUCGUCACCCCCCAUGCAGCGCGCUGUCAACCUGCAGGCUCUGAGCAGCUACUUCAAAGGCCUGUCGGAGGAGGCCGCCGUGGCACAGGCAGAAGACAUCGCUGGUCACAGCUUGGCAGAAAAGGCGCCCCAGCAGAGCUGAGAGGAGGCGAUGACCGGCUUGGAAUCUCAGGGGGGCCGAGAGGGAUGAGGCCUGCCUGAGCAGGCCCCACCCAUGACCGCAUUUCCAGGCCCUGGGCCCCAGUACGCAGUUGUCAUUUGGUCCAGAAUCAGUUCUCUCGGACCAAAUUCCCCUUCUCGAAAAGCCCCACAGAGAAGGUUCUAAGUCCAAGUCCUAAUCCCCCAGGGGCCACCAAAUCCCCAUUCCGGCUUUGGGAGCACCAGUGGGUUGGUUCACCAGACACCUGGCCCCUCUCCUCCAGGAGCCAAAACCAGGGAGGUUUUGAGUGAAGAAGGCCCCCAGCCACCCAACUCGCCACCUCCACGAGUGUCCCUGCAGUUCCUCCCUGACCCCGGCCACUGCCCUGGGGGACCUGCCAACAGCCCCCGUGGACACUGCCUGCCGGCGACACCCCACAGGCACCCAAAGUGCCUCUCAACCAAACCGCCAUCAUGAGUUGGGUUUUCCCACCACCUGCCUGUCUGAAGGCCGGCUCCCUGGUCACUUCUCCUUUGGAGAUAAAAAUGCAUUUUCAUCCCCACGGGGCCUUCUGUCUGCAGAGACAGAAUCUGCUGCCCCAUGUCUGUCCCACCUUCCAGAGUCUGACCCUUCCAAGCUUGCUUCUUGCCUUCUGGCCACCCAGACGCCUCUCCUUUAGUCGGGCUUUUCUCUUUGGUCCUCGGGCCAUCAGCCCCUCUCAGUGUGGCUUUUGCUCUCUCUGUACCGCCCCCCUCAGCCCCGUUAGGAAUGUCCUCUAGCCCAGGGCUGCCCGCCACACACACCAGGAGCCCUCAGCGUUGGCAUCCCCUGAGAGUCGCUACGCCAGACCUCUGGGAUCAGCAUCUCUUAGGCGGGCCCAGCAAGCUGUUUUAGCACGUUCUCCAACUGGUUCUGAUGCCCGCUAAGAACCAGUGCUCUGAUAGACUGCUUCCCGAAAGAGCAGCAGAGAAAGUCCUGGCCCCGACUGGGCACGUUGACUGUGACCUAGGAAAUGACCCCUGGUGUCUCCACUGUAAAAUGGGCCAAUUGGCCCAGAUGGGCUCAGAACUCCCAUUCCACUUCCUCCAUUCUGGGACUUUAGGCAUGGACGGCAGCCACCGAGCCAGUGGACAAGAUGGUUUUCAACCUAAACCCUAGCUCUCAGCCCUAACCUAAGCUAAGGUCCUCAAUCUGUGGUCACACCAGACGGCAGCAGCAGAACACAGCAAGGUCAGGGCCUUCCCUCUGACUAGCAGGACCCCUGUCCCUCCCCAUCUCCUCUCCCUUCCCCCUCCCUUGGCUCCUGCCGCUGGGCCACAGCCCAGGGCCUCCUGCCCCUAUUGCCUGAGCUUUCACAGGAGUGAAGUCUGUGUGCCCACACCUCAGCCCCCGUCCGCUGGGUGCCCUGGAGAUAGAUCCACGAAGGGAUUACAUGGGAACCAGCUACCACAGUGGGGGUGUCAACUCUAACCGUGAGCUUUGACGUGUUUAAAAUAGCAUUCGAGUGUAAAGCGAGUGCCGGCUCAAAAGCUGUGGGAACAGGCUGAUGGGUGAGGGGAAGAGGAGGCUGGGCCCCAGCCUGGCUGUGCUGACCAUCCUGGCAAAUGCGAGGCAGCCCUUGGGCCACCACCCGUAUUUUCUUCCCUCAGCCUCCCCCCGAACGAGGCAGUGCCCGCUGGUUUACAGCCCUCCUGUGCUUGCCAUCUGCAGAUGUAGUUGACCACAGGUUUUAAAACAAAGGGCUCUUCUGCCCUCUCUCCAUUUAUGCAGCCUUUAAUAAAGAUGUGAAUGCUCAAA